AUGUUUUGGUACUUGCAUCGAUCCACUGUUAUUGCCGUUGGUGUAGAUGCUGACGAGAAUCCUACUCUACGACUAUUACUUGCUCUAAUAACAUGUAUACCUAUUAUAUCAAGUUUACCCACAACUGUUCAAAACAAUUCAUCACCUAAAUUUGGUCGUACAUAUAAAUCAAAAAAGAUCACACAUUUAGACAAAAAUAUACCAUUUUCCCAUCAAUAUCAAGCAAGACUAGCAGGAAAAACUUCCACAUUUAUUCUUAAAAAAGAUAAUAAUAAUUCGUUGCCAAUAAAACAAGUAACGAUAAAGCCGUUUGUAAAUUCAAAGCAAUCAAAAUCAAUAAAUAAUAUUGCUUCCAUCACCAAUACUAUCCAUUACAAGAACAGUAAAAACAAAAAAAUAUUAUUUAUUGGAGUAGCAGCAGUAGGAUUUUCCUUAUAUUGCAAUCGUUAUGAUAUUAAUAAUUGUUUUAAAAAGUUUAUAGAACAAGUAGAAUGUAAACCUGCAAAUACUGGAUCAUUGAAAAAUGAUGAAGAUGUUAAAGAUUUGCACAUGGAUGAAAAGUUUGAAAAAUACAUAAGAUCUCUCCAGAAACAAAUAAUAUCAGAGAUUGAAUCAAUUGAUGGCAAGAAGUUUCUGAUUGAUGAAUGGAAACGUAGUAACGAAAGUGGUGGUGGUGGAAUUUCAUGUAUUUUACAAGAUGGCAAUGUUUUUGAAAAGGCCGGUGUAAAUAUUUCAGUGGUUUAUGGUUUAUUACCACCAGCAGCAGCAAAUCAGAUGAAAGCAAGACACAGAGAGAUUGAUCCUACAAAAGGACCUUAUCCAUUUUUUGUUGCUGGGAUCUCAAUCGUGAUGCAUCCUCAUAAUCCAAAUGCUCCAACCAUACAUAUGAAUUAUCGUUACUUUGAAAUUAUAAAUCCGGAAACCGGUAAAUCUAUAUGGUGGUUCGGUGGAGGAUCCGAUUUAACACCAUGUUAUCUUUAUGAAGAUGACGCAAUUCAUUUUCAUAAAACUUUAAAAGGUGCAUGUGAUGCUCAUGAUCCCACCUAUUAUCCAAGAUUUAAAAAAUGGUGUGAUGAAUACUUUUAUUUGAAACACCGCGAAGAAGCACGUGGUGUAGGUGGUAUAUUUUUUGAUGAUUUAGAUGAGAAAAAACCUGAAGAAAUAUUUGAAUUUGUUAAACAAUGUGGUGAUGCACUUUUGCCUUCUUAUAUACCAAUUGUGAAACGAAGAAUGAACAUGAAAUUCACCAAGGAGCAGAAACGUUGGCAACAAAUACGUAGAGGGCGUUAUGUAGAAUUUAAUUUGUUGUGGGAUCGUGGCACAAAGUUUGGGUUACAAACUCCUGGUGCAAGAAUUGAAAGCAUUUUUAUGUCUUUGCCAUUGACUUCCAGAUGGGAAUAUAUGCAUUCACCUGAGAAAAACAGCAUUGAAGAAAAAUUAAUUGAGGUCUUAAAAAAUCCACGCGAUUGGGCUUCACAAUAA